GGAUGGUUUCUCGGCUGGAUAUGUAACAUCGUGGAAGCGGCUUCCCUUGUCUGUAAUAUAGCUAGAAUCACUGAACUACUAUGUGUGAUAGCUGCAGCAAUCAAGUCGCUUGCUAAGGCCGCCAUAUAUACACCCAUAAAAAGUGCCAUCACAGACAUCAAGAACAUGUUUUAUUUUAACGUCACGCUCAAUUACACGUACGAGUACAACGCUACCCAAUCAAAAUCCUACACGGAGGUCAAGGACGGCAUUCUCAAGGACGUCAAUGAACGUCUGUCUGGAUACGUCUUCGUCCUCGGUCUCCUGAAAAACGUCAUGAUGGUGUCCCUCAUCUUCGUUGUCAUCAAGGCUCUUAUUUAUAAGAAGAAAUUUCAGACAAACGACAAGUUUGAUAACAUUUAUAUAACCUUUAAACUACGAGACGUUGAAGAACGGCGGAUAGAGCUAGGAAAGGAGGGGAUAUUUCCGCUCACUUGGAAAGAAGAGAAAAAGUACAUCAAAACAAGGUCUCCGGGAAUGGCUUUGAGGGAGAUAAAGGCCUUGGCUAAGGGUCUGUUCCUUCUUUUGAUUAGCGGUUGUCAUACGGGCUUCUAUCUGCUGUGUGACUACGGCCUUUACUGGCUUCUCAACAUGUUAAAGGGAUUCUUCUCCAAAAAGAUUGCGGCGCCUAUUCCACCACAUUUGAAAAUUCACGUCCAUGGUAAAGGUUCCUUGUCUGACAUGUAUAGGUCAUUGCUGACGUCAUUUGACCCCAUGGCAAUGGAGGGCGGGAAAUUGAAACCGGCAGGCUGCAUCCCGACCCCGAGCAUACCAAAUUGGCGAAUUUACAGGCAGAUAGGCUUUAUUUACCUCGUAUGCCUAUUAAUGACCAUCUUUCAAGCCUACGGCUUGAGGUUACGUCACGUGAUCGGCGCCUGUUACUAUCCUAGGCGGGAAAGAGCGCGAGCAGUUUGGCUCUAUAACCACAUACUGAAAACCAGGGGCGGAUUCCUAAAAUUUGCGAGACGACAGCUGAGAAGGAAAGCUGGGGUUUUAAAGGAGGAGGAGAAAAUUAGUAUAAGAAGUAGAUUAAUGGCGCAAUUUCCUCUCUGCAGAAGGUUCUUCAGUUUUCUUGGAUUCAAAAGAAAACAUUGCUUGUCCUGUGGAAAUGAGGGUCGAUUUGAUGAUAACGUGAAUUUCCACCAUUGUCAAAAUAAAGACUGCGAAGCUGUAUAUUGCCUUGAUUGUUUCACGGACCUUAACAACAUGUGUACUGUCUGUAUGAACCCUGUUGACUAUGGAGAUCACUCUGAUAUCAGCGAGGAAAGAGAUUCUAGUGAAGAUGAGAAAGAAAUGUUAAAGCGCCGGGCGGAAGCAGAGAAACUUCGUCAAGAACGUGAAAUACAGUUACAAAAGAGGCGACCGAGUGAACAGAUGAGAGAAAUGAGGAAGCAAUUCGGAAUAACCGAAUCCGUUAUUAAGAUCAGAGCGGAAGCUGGGAUUAAGGGUCAGAAAGAUGGCGCGGCGUAUGAAGAAGGAUAUGACGAGUUUGAAGAAUAUUACGAAGAAGGGGAGGAUGUGGACUUGAAAGAAAAGGAGUUCUUAAGUUAUCAAGAUAUUCGUCGUGUGGAAGAUGAAUAUGAUGAUGGGGAAUACGAUGCCGACGAUGAUAAAUCUCAGACGGAUUACGUCACUGACGAUAUUUUUGACGAUGGUGAGGAUGAUUUCAUUGGGGAUUAUGAUUAUCCGUAUAUCGAGCCCGAGGAAUUAGACAUGGAUCGAGACAUUGUUUCUAAAACUGAACUGGAAGUGUGAAAAAUAUUAUUUUGCAUUUAUAUACAUGCUCACUCUGAACAAACAAGAAAUUUGCCUAUUAUAAAGCUUCUAAUUGCAAGAGUUUGUAAUCAUAAUCUACAAGUAUGAGUUCCAUAUCGUCCAUUUAAAUGUAUAUAUAGUUUUAAAAACAAACAAAAGUUUACAGAUUUGGAUAAUAUCCAACAUAAAUGAAUGAAGUUAUGCUAUAUUCAAGUGGAUAAACUGUAAAAUAUUUUCAAAAAUUGAUGUUUUGUGCACACUCUUCAAUCAGCUGUGUACAAACAGGUAGAAGCAACUCAGCAUGAAAUUUGAUUUAAAAAUAUGUUACUUGUACAUGCAUAUUUCGGUAAAUGUAAAAUAUGCAUGUGCUCUUAUAACAACUUAGAAAUAAACAGGAGCAACAGGUGUAAUAUAUUUAUGUAGCAUUUUG